AUGAGUGGGAUCGGUGAAUCGCGGUCGGAACUGCUGGGAUGGCUGAAUGAACUUCUCCGGCUUAAUUACGCCAAGAUUGAACAAUGUGGCACUGGUGCUGCAUACUGUCAGAUUAUCGAUUCCAUAUAUGGGGAUGUUCCAAUGCAUCGAGUCAAGUUCCAUGCAACGGCAGAAUACGAGUUUUUGACAAAUUUCAAGAUUUUGCAGAGUUCCUUCACCAAACAUCGGCUUGAGAAAACCAUACUGGUGGAAAAAUUGGUCAAAUGUAGGUUUCAAGACAAUCUGGAGUUUUUGCAAUGGCUGAAGAAAUUCUGGUUCCAAAACAAGGACGAAAGCCCGUAUGAUGCCGAAUCCAGGCGCAAAUAUCGAGCACCGGCACUUCCUCCUGCUGGUGGUAGUGGUGGUGGUGGUGGUGCUGCUACUGUUGCAGGUCAUGGGAAUGGAUUUGCAUCGUCGGGCUCGAUCUCCUCAUCCGCAGGUGGUUCCCUCUAUAGCGGCGGAUCGACUUCUGCCCCUUCAAGUGUUGUUAAAAAACGCGCAAAUGGACCUCUGCGAAGCGCUGUCUCGAUGGGAUCAUCAAGAUCUUCCUCCACGGGCCUUAUUUCACGCAAAUCAUCCGCUGAGCAACAGGCACAUGUGGUUGGUCUUCAAACCAAGCUUUCGCAAGCACAAACCACUCUAGAAAACACCCAAAAGGAAGUCGAGCAAUAUCGGGAAGCAAUUGCAAUAAUGGAGCGUGAACGAGACUUCUAUUUCGGCAAGUUACGGGACAUUGAAAUCCUGUCUCAGUCCACAAAAGAUCUUUGCAAAGAAGGCGUGUAUUCCAGUGACCCUCAUGAGCUUGUAAGGUUUUUGGAUAAGAUUCAGCAAAUACUAUAUGCCACGGAAGAGGGUUUUGAGGUCGCCAUCGAUGAAACUGGCAAUGAUCACAAUGGCUCUUUAGACCAAUCCGCAAAAUCAAGUAAUACAGCUGCACCCGCCCUAGGAGAAGCUGUAAACCAACCAGCACAUAAUUUGAUCAUUGACGAGGAAACGUUUUGA